ACUAAUGGCCCGGGUUCCACUCGCUUCGCACAAGUUUUCCAGGAGUUUUACUUUCUUUUCUUCCAAAAGAGAGGGCAUGUAGCGGGUAACUGGGUUCAGAAGUGGUUGCCGCGGCAGUGAGAAAGUAGCGCUUCUGGAAAAGUGGCGCCCGAGGGAGGACUGGAGGAGCCGAAGGAAGGGAGCAGAGCCAGAGGACCGUUGCAGCGCGGAAGAAGGUGAACAUGAAAAAGGGAGCGGAGCGCUCAGCUCACCGCUUCUGGCUCCGUGUCCUCCGUACGAGCGAGGGGACCGUGACAGGUGUCCGCGUGCGCACGUCCGCGCCGGGGCGCGCGCCUCGCCAUAGCGGAACCGCACUGACUGACUGAGGACGCCGUGAACCCUGAACAUGUUCCUCUUUCAGAGUGACAGCCCGCACUUGCACCCUGGACCCGCAGCUGCGAGCGUGUCUCGGCAGCGGUCACAGCUGGGUGUGCGAGCCGAUCCGCGGCUCUGCCCCGUGCGCAAAUGACACCUGUUUGAGUCGCAGCGGUCCGCGCGCGCUACUCCGUCAUCAUCAUUAUUGGCAUAAUCGACUAAACGUCAUCUAUACACUUCAUCAUCAUCAUCGCCAUUGCAUUGUCGUCAUCCAUCGGCAUCCUCGCCGCGCGCCCCCGACAUGAAGGUGACGGUGACCUUCAGGCGCACCGCGGUGGUCGUGCCCUGCAGGGAGGGCUGGACGGUGCGGGACCUGAUCCAACAAGCCACCCGGAGGUACAGCAAAACGCUGGAACAGGAAGAACACCUCUUGGUGCAGACCCACCACCUGGAGUACUGUGAUGGUGGGAUCCUGGAUCCAGAUGAUGUCCUGACAGAGGUGGUGGAGGACAAGGACAAGCUCAUCGCCGUGUACGAGGAGCGGGAGGCCCUGCAGAGGGGUGCUGUGAGCCCCACGGACGCCCGUGAAACAGGACCCCACAGGCCGGAGGUGCGGAGCUGCGGCGAUGCGCCGCUGUCCAUGUUCCGACCAAUCAGAGGAAGUGAGAUUGAGGUCACCUCCUCCGCUCUGAUGUCCGACACCCCACUGGUGGUGAGACGGAGCAGUGACUCCGCCCUCAGACCGUUGGCCGAGGCAGCGAGUGUUCAGUCAAUGGACCCCGGCAAUUGGCCCGUGCCCACGGGAAUGAGCUGCCUGCUGACAAAGCGGGGAGGGCUGGAGGACGGCCGAAGAGAGCAGUCCACACCCACAAUGAGCAAGACCACUCUCAGCAACGUGACCAGGACAGUGGAGAUCUGUGGUGAGCACGGCCCCCUGGGGAUUCACGUCGUGCCAUACUUCUCCUCUCUGAGCGGAAGGGUAUUGGGUCUUCUCAUCCGUGGUGUGGAGGAGAACAGUCGCUGCAGGAGGGAGGGCAUCUUCCAGGAGGAUGAGUGCAUCGUGAGGAUCAAUGAGAUGCCCCUGAUGGACAAGUCCUUCGCACAGUCACAGGAGGUAUUCCGAAAGGCCAUGCGGUGCCCCACAGUGUGCUUGGAGGUGCUUCCCAUUGCCAACAGGGAGCGCUAUGAGAAGAGCCUUAUUGGCCAGCUCGCCCUGCCCAGUCAGGGUGGACUCCCCAAGAUCAAGGUACCACUUCCUGUUCGGGGGAAGCUCAACAGGAAGUGUUUUGACCCAGUAGCCAAGGCCAGUGAGUCCCAGAUUGGCCAAAGAUUGGAGGGAGCAGCUCCAGUAACCCUGCCGCAGAUCCCACCGUCCGCCACACACAAGAUGAGCUCAGCCCUGUCCCCAUUGGCUGGCCUUGCCAACAAGAAUGGGGGGAAGAGACUCAAGAUUAACCUGAAGAAAGGCCCUGAGGGUUUAGGUUUCACUGUUGUGACCAGAGACUCAACAGUACAUGGAUCAGGACCCAUACUGGUGAAGAACAUCCUCCCCCGUGGGGCAGCUGUCAAAGAUGGUCGCCUGCAGUCAGGGGACCGAAUCCUGGAGGUGAACGGUGUGGACAUCACGGGCUGCACACAGGAUGAGCUGGUGGGCAUGCUGCGGAGGACCAAGCAGGGGGACACCGUGUCACUGGUGGUGGUCCGGCAGGAGGAUGUGUUUUUGCCGCGGGAGCUGAAAGGGGACCAGGCCAUCACCCAGCUGUCGGAGGAGGGGGCCGAGCCGCUGAUGUUCGAAGUCCCACUGAACGACACUGGCUCCGCUGGCCUGGGAGUGAGCCUGAAGGGGAAUAAGUCCCGGGAGACGGGGGAGGACCUUGGCAUCUUCAUCAAGUCCAUCAUCCACGGGGGGGCGGCCUACAAGGAUGGCCGCCUACAUGUCAAUGACCAGUUGAUUGCUGUGAAUGGCGAGUUCCUGUUGGGCAGGUCCAACCAUGAGGCUAUGGACACCCUGCGCUACUCUAUGUCCACAGAGGGCAACCUGCGAGGCACCAUUCAGCUGCUUGUGAUGCGGGCCAUGGAACAGCAAGGAAAGGAGAACCACAUGACCGCAAACUCGGACCGUAGCGUGACCCGGCUGGCAGUGAACAACAGGCUCAGCGACCCGGUCCAGCCUCCCAUGGUGACCAAUAGCAUCUACGAGACGUCAGGAGCCCUGCGUGUGGCAGCCCCGCAUGGGAGGCAGGAGCUUGCUGAGGAAAAAGAGGAUGAUGAGUACACUCCUCCUCUCCCUCCUCGCCUGGAGAGCGGUGUGGAAAACACUACCCCAAGCCUAGAGUGGAAGACCAACUCGAACCCGGGGCAGCCUCCUCAUCCUGCUAGCUGUCCAACCAGCCAGCUAGAGCACCACCCUGUGAGAUCCUCCAAGAGCAUGGAUCUGGUGCCAGAUGAAAGCAACGUGGGAGCUCAGGCGGCGCACCGGGGGCCCAAGGGGUCCAGGGGGCAGGAGUCAGAGGAACCUCUAGCAAAGGACCUGGGUGCCACUCUUGGCCUCAAGAAAUCCAGUUCUCUGGAAAGCCUGCAGACUGCUGUAUCGGAGGUGAGGAAGGCCCAGACCCCCUUCUACAAGCCACGACCCCACAUGGUGCGGGGUCGCGGCUGCAAUGAGAGUUUCCGUGCCGCCAUCGACAAGUCAUACGAUGGUCCUCCCGGGACAGAUGACGACAACCUGUCUGACCAGAGCUCCGACCAGGAAACGCCUGCCAGCAGCUCAUCCAGGCAGAGGGUUGGAGACAUGGAGCACAUCACAAAGGACAAGAAGAAAAAGCUCAAAGGCAAAAAGAAAGACAAGUCUAAAGGCAAAGGGAAGGACGGUGAUGAAAAGAAGAUGAGAGAUGGAAAGGAGCAGGACAAGAAGGCAAAAAAAAAGGGGUUUCGAUUGCUCAGGUUUGGGAGAAAUAAGGAGGAAAAGGACAAGGUGGAAGCAAAGCAGAAGUUGGAGGAGCUGGGUGAAGUGCAGCUGGACAUAAUCAAGGAAGAAAAAGAGAGAACUGAGAUCACACUUCAGGAUCCAGAUGGGUUAAUCCUGACUAAUCUGGAAGACGAUGACCUGGAUCCCAACUACGCUCGCAUUGAUAACUUCCGGGACCCGGUGCCCAUCACGCCGUCUCCCUACAGCGGGGAACGCAAGACGCCCCCUCAUCCAGUCCCCGUUCCACCCCCAGCUGAGGAACACAGUGAUGGACUGUACUCAUUGGUCAACAAGCAGAGACCUGCAGUGGCAGACAGCAGCCCUGACCAGAUCCAGCAGCUGAGGAGGGAGUACCAGGAGGCCUGGCCAGAGGGGGCCACGCCCACCUAUGAGGGCCCGGAGGGCCGGAGCCCAGCCAAGGAUUAUGGCCCCCAGUGGGAGCCUGCGGGGGGAUACAACACUCAACUAGUGACCUGCUAUGAGAGCAUGGAAAGACAGUAUGCCUCUCUCCCCAGACAAUCGGAUCCUCAGGAUUACCUCUCGCAAUCAUGGGGUGUCCAAGGGGAUGCUGCACAUUUCUCAGGCUCCCGGUCUGGGUACCUCAGUUACCCCUCCCAAGAUAACUACCAACCCCGAGAGCCAGAGCAAAGGCCCUUGCAGCCCAGGCACGGUGACUUUGGGAAGCACCUGCCCCCAACUCAGCGGAGGGGUCCUCUACGACAGGAUGUGCCCCCUUCGCCUCCCAUGCCCCUCAGAUCCACUCGCUACAAGUCCAUGAAUCGUGGCCGUCUGGAGCGGUUCACCUACGGGGAAGAGCAGCACCAGGACCCUCGACAGGAGAACAUAAAAGCAGCAGUGUAAUCCUCACCUGCUGGUGCUGUGCCAACAGGGAAUAUAAAGCCCAGCUUCUGCCUCGCACGUUAAGAUGCUAACAGCUGUUAGCGCUCAUCUAUGUGUACUAUAGAUGUCAAGCGGGGCUCUUUUCUGCCUUUUAUAGCCCUCUGGAUGUCUUGUCUAUAUUCUGGAAUUUCAUGUCGCGUGGCCACAAAUUCUGCCAAAAAAAAGGGACAUGAAAGAAAAUGAUGGCUUCGGGAAGGCGGCCUUUUAUUUUUCAGAUGGUCUGUGUGCCCGUUUGGAUUGGCCAUCUCUCUUUGAGCGUUAUAAACACAGACUUCCUAUUCAUGAGCUGCUUGAGUGAUGCCUUCCGGCGAUGUUGUGAAGGGCAGAAUUAAAUUUUUGAGCGGCGUUUUAAAUUGAAUGUCUGUGAGGUGAUUUAGGCCCAUUCCAUCAGUUCGCCUGCACUGCAGGUACACGACGAAAGACGCGGCCGUGCAGCCAGGCUGAUUGACGGCUGUUCCGGGACUUGGCAGUGUUGAUUUGAGUGCUCCAUGGCCUGGAAUACGACGCUCUGCGGACGCAUCAAUACGGCCAUGUCAGAGGCGCCCGCUCCCUCAGGGCUCGGAGCCCGCUGUGGGCCGAGCUGGUGCUGGCACGGUGCCACACCAUCACACUUACUGUUCAAACCUCUUCUUUCACUUUGCAGCCCCUGGAGACACUUCCUUCCAGGUGUCACUGCCACCUGUCAGUGCUUCCCAAAACUCGCAAGUCGUUCAAUUUUUGAUGAAGGACUGCUUUGCUGUUUUUAUUGAAAGUUUGCACAUAUUUAACAAUAAAACAGACUAUGACUGCAACUGUGUUAUGGCCGUAUACAUAAGCAACUCAGCUUUCUGUAGCACACGAGAUGCUAAAACAGACCUCAGCAGCCUCAACACUUGACAGCCUCAACAAGCUGCUGUAUGAGCAAGAGGAAGAGCAUCCCUGAGACUAUGAAGGAACACCAUCUGGAGUCUGGAGUAGCAGGAAAGGCAUCAGUAUCAGGGCUUGAGGUUUGCAGACAAGCCCUUGGGAUAGAGAUGAGACCCCUUUUAUCCUGUCUAGCCACUCCACGACAUCUUCGUGAGCAGUGAGAAUGCGAGGAAUCAGAGGAAAAUGGUCAACAGUGUACCAAUAGGGUAAUACUGUGGGUAGCAUUUCUCUAAUGGAAACUGACUGUUGAUGCUAGGCACUGAUCUAACCAUUGUUAAUAACCACAAAUGCAUUAUAAUACUUUCUCGUCCAGGGUGUGCCCUGCCUGGCUCCCUGUGUUUCCUGGAUAGGUUCUGGACCAUCCCAACCCUGAAUUGGACAAGCAAUUACUCAUUGUGGAUGAUGUCUGGAAUCAUUAUGCAUACAUUGUGAAAUGACUCCAAGCGUAUAUAAAAUGUUGUUUUUCUGUGAAUAUGUUUAUAACAGUCAACCAUCAUAUGGUGCUCCUGCAUUUGAUGCACAGAGGCUGCUAUCCAAAAGAAAACUUCACAGUGGGUGGUUUGUUGUGUAACAUCAUUUACCCGUAAAACACAGCAGGUGGUCCAUCCUCCCUCGUUGUUUAGCUACAGCAUAAAACCAUUUUCUACUAUCAAGAUUCACUCUGAGCUUUUGUAACAAGAUUAACCUGAUU